GCACUCGUCUGCUGCCAAACGCCCCGGCGCCCGGCGGUACAACACGACAGACUCCCUCGCCAGCGACCAGACGUCAAACUCGUCCUCGACACAGCACCAUCACCAUCACGGCGCCAACAACAACAACAACCACCACCACCACCACAGAGUCAAGCACACAAAGCACGUCGUCGGCGGCGGCACCUCUGCCCGCAUUCCCAUGCACGCCCGCACCUCCUCCUCAAAGGCUCUGCACAAGCACACCUCGGCCUCGUCCACAAAGCUCGCCUCCAAGCGCAAUCACUCGCCCUCGCCAGACCGCUCCGCACACAACCACAACCACCACCACGCCCCGGCUGCCACGGCCACCUCCACGGCGGCUUCCACUCCUGGCCACCGCCGCUCGACGUCCGAGGCCAAGCUCUCCUCGCGCGACUCGUCCUCGGCCAACCUGCGCAAGAACGCGUCCCACUCGAGCCUCGUCGGCAAGCGCAACCGUUCCCACGUCGAGAUCGCCAAGAAGUCAAAGUCGGCCGCCAACAUCAAGCGCUCUGCAUCACAUCGCGACGUCAACAAGUACAAAGGCACUGGCGCCAAGGGCUCGGUCCACUUCGCGCUUGGCGACAACGAUGGCGACGACGACGACGACGACGAGCAGGAGGACGAGUGGGUAGACGCCAGCGGUUCUGCCUCGCCUUAUCUGUCGCGGCGAGGAUCCGUCGCCAGUGGUGUGCAGAGUCCGGGUAAGACAGCCCGCGACGAGGCAGCACAUUCAGCGUCGUCGUCGCGACCGCACACGCCCAGGGAACCACACCAGCUCCAGAAGCAGCAGUCGCAAGAGUCUGCCGCAGAGCACGAGUCAAGUAGUGACACCGCGUCUGACAAGGAAACGAUCCAGCACAAGGAGUAUCUCACGUCCAGGUUACUGAAGAGAACACCUUCAUACAGCGCUCCACACAUGUCCAAGGAGACGGUUUUGGUGCAGCCCCGGGGCUCGCCAGACUCGGUUCGGGCAAGCCUGUACGGCACGCCAAAGAACACCACUGCCAUUGUCGGUAGCGACCAGACUGCCGAAGUGACGUCACGAUUCGUCAAUGGCUCCGGCGGCGGCGCAGAACCAGGCUCUUUCUACACGCCGACACGAUCGCCUGCGCGCCGAAGCGACAAUGUCCGACCGUCCAAAUCACUGACCAAUAUCACCGACAAGCAUCGAGACUCGACCGACACAAAUGCCGCCGCGGAUGACGAGGACGACAGCGCCUUGGCACCCAGGACCACAAGACCUGCGCGCGGAGGUGUGCCGGCAGAAACAUCCCGGACGCAGCAGAAGCUCAAUCUCCAGCGCGCAAGCUCCAGUAUGGAGCCCUCGCAGCCCGGCGGAGGCGGUGGAGUUGUUGGAGCCAGCCCUCUGGUCGGAGUGAACAACCACGAAGGUCGGGACUUGCGGAUCAGCAGGCAGCUUGAGCGCACAGGAAUGGAGUACCUCGUCGUUCGCCGGUAUCAGAACCCCAUUGCACGGUCAAUCAACCGGUUAUCCCAGCUGCCGGGCGCCAACAAGACGCAGCCGAUACGCCAACACAAGUCGAACGGCGUCAAUGGCGGGUCCGCGGCUGGCUUGGGCCACGCGAAGAAGCCGUCGUAUGGCCUGAGCCAAAGUCUGGCAGACCUACAGAAGUCGAGGCCGACCACGCCUGCGACUGCAGCAGCAGCUGCUCGACGGCCCACUUCGAUCAGGACGAACGGGGCCAACUCAAGCUAUGGCGAUGGCAACAAUAACAACAACGAUGAAGAUUCCCGCUAUGACAAUGAUGGCGACGAUGGUGGGCUCGCGGCCAUCUUGAGAAAUCUGUGGGACAAGAACAUGGACCUCAGUGCGAGCCAAGACUAGAGCUGUGGGCCGAAGGCUGUACUAUACGUUUAUCAGUGCGUGUCUGCGAAGAGCAGCAUGCCGGGCUUUAGCCAUUGUCGAGGGUGGGUUAUAUGGCAGAGCAUGGGCCAUUGCUUUUAUAUCUUAGCAAGCGGCAUUCUAGGGAGAUGCUUGUGGAACGCUUUUGCGGUCGACAAGGUAUUUACGUUGACACGGCUGUUCUUGCACAUCGGCAGUGCUCCCAGUCGGGAUUCUGACUUAUAGAAAGGGGGAAAGGUGCAUAGGAGGGCGGUUGCAUGCGGGUCUAUUCAUGUUUCUCACCAGUAUUCUAGCACAUAAAACAAGCGACGAAUUCCUCUUUCUCCAAUGAUUAUAUCAGAUGGCCCACUGCAUGAUUCCACACUACAUUUUGAUUCG